AAAAAAAAAAAAGUGCCUCGCAACUUGCAAGGAUGGAGAUGCCCGGUUUGCAAGAAGCGUUAAAAGUGGAAAUCCAGGGCCGGCAGCAGGUAAAAACAAGGGCGAGCCAGCCGCGGCCGGGAGCAUCCCUGGUCUGGGCGCGAGAAGGCGCCCCCGGGCACGGGCAGGACCCGGCCCUGUCGGCUUCCCGGGCAGCUCUGGGUCCCCGCCGCAGGUUGAAUCGACCGGGGGGUGGUGGUGGUGGAGGAGGAGGAGGAGAAGAAGGAGGAGGAGGACGGCAGAGUCCGGCUCACGCGAAGGGAGAGGCAUGGCGGGGCGGGGAGAGCUUCCCGCCUCUCUCGCUCGACUCCGACUCGCCGCCUGGAGCACUUUGGCGAAGUACUUUUACGGAUUGUUUGGCUGACUUUCGGCGUGGGAAUCUGCGGGGCUUCGAUCCGGAGUCACCUUUGCGGUUGAUCCUUAACGGGGAUCUUAAGAAACAAAUCCAAGAGAGGCAGUCGAGAAUAGCAGCUCUUAAUGAAAAACAAGCUUUGGGAACCGUUACUUCAGUGCCGAUUAAAGUUCCUCAGGUCAGUUCCUUGCAGAGGUUGGCAGGACAAAGACCAGCAGUGCUACCUCAGGUUAGGCCAAAGACUCUGAUCCCAGACAGCCUCCCAAUUUCUCCAUGCAGAGAUCAACCUUCCAAGCAACCUCCAACGUUUCAGAAGGCAACAGUGGUCAGCAUCAAGAACCCAGCUCCUGCCCUCCCCACUGCCAAUAAUACUGUUAGCCAUGUACAGACGUCCAGCAGCCAAUCACAAAGUGUCACAGAGACGGCAGCCAUCUCCUCAUCCCUGAAUAGUGCUGGGGUAGCAUAUGCCAUUAUCUCAACAUCUCCCAAUAAUGCAAUGCCCAUCAACACCAGCGCUGCUGUCUCGGUGGUUAAUGACAGCAUUAAAGUGCAACCACUUCUCAUCAGUGCUGACAGCAAGGUCAUCAUCAUUCAACCUAAAGUUCAAACUCAGACAGAAAAUAAAGUGGAGAUAAAGAAACCUGUUGAAGAGUCAACUCAGGGACCUGCUACCAAAAAGAGAAAAGAUGAAAAUCCAGAGAAAAUUGCCUUUAUGGUAGCGUUAGGCCUGGUUACGACUGAAUACUUGGAAGAAAUCCAGAGCAAACGUCAGGAAAGAAAAAGAAGAAGUACCGCCAAUCCAGCUUACAGUGGACUCUUGGAAACUGAGCGGAAACGCCUUGCAUCAAAUUAUUUGAACAACCCUUUUUUCCUCUCCUCAAGAGCCAAUGAGGAUCCGUGUUGGAAGAAUGAGGUCAGCCAUGAGGAAUACUGUUCAGCAUGCAAGCAUGGUGUCAACUUACAACCUUGUGGAACAUGCUCCAGGGCCUAUCACCUCAACUGCUUGGAUCCUCCCUUGAAGACUGUUCCUAAAGGAGUAUGGGUCUGUCCCAAGUGCCAAGAAAAGGUGUUAAAGAAAGAUGACAAUGUCCCCUGGUCUGGAACUCUGGCUGUGGUGCAAUCAUACGUUACUCGUAAAACAGUCAAAGAAGAAGAGAAGAGGAGGCUAUUAAAGAGGAGCAGUGAAUUAAGAGGAGAACACAGUCAGCUGGAGGAAAAAGAAUGCUUUCUUAAUAAUGCAAUGAAGAAAUGCCUAGAACUCAAAAACAGCCUGUUGGCCCAGCAAAAAGGGGUUCAAUCAUCGCUGGAACACCUCAAAACUCUCAUUAGACUGAUUCAGAAUGAGCAGAUGCUUCAGGUUACCAUGACAACAACCACCACCUCCUCCUCCCUGCUGACUGUCCCCUGGACCAAACCAUCUUCUGCCUCGGCUACUGCUGCUCCCCAACCCUUGCACUCAACACAGGGCAACAAUUGACGGGGGCUUUCCCCCACCCCCAUUGGUGCGUUCCCCCCCCUCCCACACACACUUCUUCAGAAGAGAACCAAUCCAACCAACAAGAACACUUUUAAGUGCAUGCAGGCAUAAGGAGAGAAAAGAUGCAUCCGGAAAACUAAAAACCUGGGAAAACAAGAAAAUGACAUUGGUCUUCUUCCAUGUCCUAAAAGGUGUGGGGGAAAAAAAAUAGUAAUAAUAAUCCCACCCUUGAGUUCCCCCUUGGCAGCAAAUUGUCAUUAUUUCCUCUUUUUUUUUUUUUUCAUUGCUGGGAAUCUCAGUGCUUACAAUCCUCCCUUCCCUUCGUUUGGUUGCUUUGGCCUUAAUGUAAUUAAUGCAGAAAAGGAUGCCGCAUCGCUGGCCAAUGGAAGACUGGGGGCCUGGAGAGGCGGAAGGGGCCUGCCUCCUUUUGGGCCCACACGCCCUUAGCAGAGGUGCAAAGAAGCUUGUCCUAUGGGAAGAGAAAUAGGUUGAAAGGCAAAUUAUUCGUGCCCUGGUGCAGCUAGAUACCGGUAGUCGACAGGCACCAAAAAGAAUGGAAAAUGGUGACUUUUUCUUUAAAAAAAGAAAGAAAGAAAGACUACUUUGGAACCUAGCCUGGGUUCCUGAUUUUUUUAUAUAUAUAUAUAAAAAGGAUCAAGUGUCGUUUUCAUUCAGGGCUAUAGAGAAGAGUUACAUUUGUGGACACUUUCAGAGCCUUCAAAAUCAAAUCUUUUUUUUUUUCCAGUAUUAUAAUUGCAGAUAUUUAAAUAAAAAUGUAUGAAAUUUACCAUUUCUAGUGAAAUAUUGAAGUAUUUUCAUGCUGAGGCUUCUGUAUAUGCGUUCUGAAGUAUUGAAAGAAUUAUGCCUGUAAAAACCCUUCAUUUUAGCGGGUCCUCUUAACUUAUUUUGCUAUUGAUGUAUUUUUCUCAUUGGGGGAUAUUUUGCUGUUGUUCAAGGUUUGACGAGGAUAGUAGUGAGAAAUAUUUUAAUCAAUUGGAUCUUUUGGAAGGGGGUUCUUUUCAGGGCUGUCCAUACGGUAAGGUCAAAAAAGUCAAGUUGGCAGCUGGGACAAUGCAAUCAGAACUCAUCCGUUUUGUGGGGAAUGUAUUGAUUGCUGUUCAUGGCUGCCAGUUUGAUUUUUUUUUUUUUUUUAACCUCAUCCUGCAGCAGACAUAACUGAUUUUGAACCCCUCUGAGUUUUUGUGUUUUUUUAAGGGAUAAAGCAAAUAAUAUUCAUUAUUGCUGCUUUUUAAUUUUAUCAAAACAGUACAAAUGAUAUGCCAAAAAACUUAACUCUUUUGUACUGCAUUUUUAUUGUAAACUAGGAAUUGUGAAAAAAUGUUGGGUUUUUUUGCCCCCCCCCCCCUUACUUGCAGAACUAUCUGCUAAAAUUUACAAGACAGGAAAUAAACUGCCUCAAAUGGUCAUUUCUUUUAUUGGAUAUAUCAGGAGUUUGGGAUGGGGGUAUCUGAUUGUGAAAACCUUUUUUAAAAAAUUCUUUUUAUAAUUUUGUUCAGUAUGAACACAUGUGAAACAUUAGCUUUAGCUUGAGAAGAUGCUAGAAAAUUGCCUAUAUUUCAUUUGACUUUUCACUAGCUAGUCUUCCUGAAGCAACCGAGCUCAGACUGGACCCAGCAUAGGUCAGAUAGCCUAUGCUGGCAGCUUGAGGCUUAACCUCUCAAGGUCUCGAUGGGCAGAUGAGUUUCUUGUCAGUGUGGCUUUUCCAUUUUAUAGCUCUGUUUCUCCUUUGCUUCCAAAGGAUCUCUAUUUCAGAAUUCAAGGGGUUGAAGGGGAAAUUUAAAGUUUUCUGAGGGAUAUAAUAAAGAUUAAAUUGAAAGUAGCAGAGUAUUUUAAUAGCAUUGGUUAAGGUUACUUUUUUUAGCAGAGGGAGUGGGGCUGUUUAUUUAUUUAUUUUUUUUAAGGCAGCCUAUGGACUCACAGACAUGGCCAAAAAUAUAAGUCCUCCUGAGAAGUAAUAUGGUCAUCUUCGGAAGAAAGACAGCGAGAAAGAUGGCUCUUGCCCCCUCCUCAAUGGUGCCCUGAAUUCAGUUCUGUCAGAAGCGAGGCUCUGUCUCUGCGUGCCACAGGUGAGGCUUCUCACCUUUGCCUCUCACACGGUGCCGAAAAAGCUUUUUUUUUUUUUUUUUUUUUUUUUGAUGGAUUGGAAGCUGUCGACAGGAGGCAGCACACAAGCCCUUUUAUCCAUUUUCACUACUCCGGGAGAAACUGUGCAGUACUAUACAAAUCUAUUUUAAUACACUUAACACUCUGUUGAGCAAGAUUUUUAUAUUCUUUUAUUGAUGAACAAAAGUGAACUAAGUAAAACACAGUUGCGAUACAUCGGUUAAGUAUAUCAAUUUAUGCAUUUGAACAUAGCUUGCAAUGUAAAUGUUUGGGGAUUUUAUGUUUUUCUUCUCAGAUGAAUUUAAGAAAAAUAAAGGGGGGGGAAGCAUAGAAAGUUUUUUUUUUUUUAAUUGGGAAAACUUUCUGAAAAAGUGCUUUUCUGGGACUCUUAAAAAGUAGUUAUUUUGGAAAAGGGACUGUCCCGUGGAUAGUGUGCAUAGAAAACAAAUUGUUUUGUCUUAAAUAUACCAAUGUAGUUUACUUCUUUAAGAUGAAUUAAACUUGACUGACAGAUUUAAAA